CUAACCGUGGAAUUCACCACGUCAAUCACUGAAACCAUAUUACAGCUCUCAGAAUCGUUUCCAGGACCUCUGACUGCUCAAACUAACACCCGAAUCAAUCACAUACCAGAACUACCCAUAUACCCAAACCACCCAUAUUUCAGCUACCACUUGCCUCUGCAUCAAAAUGUCCUACUACUUCUCUAUCAUCGGCACAAACGACAAAGCCCUCUACGAGCACGAAUUCGGCACCUCCAAGCAAGGCGGCGACGGCAUCGCCCGCUUCCCCACCGAAUCGCGCCACCACAUCCAGUUUGUCUCCAAUAGCAGCAUCGACAUCGUCGAAGAGAUCCAGUGGUCGCCCACCACCCCGACUUCCGGCGGCGCCCCCAUGUACCUCAAGCACAUCGACAAGUUUCAGAACCUCUACGUGUCGGGCUUCAUCACGGGCGGCAACGUCAAGUUCCUACUGCUGACGGCACCUGCAGCGGCACCUGCGGCGAGGAGCAGUGCGCUGGCGAGCUCGGCGCGCGCGAGUGCGUACCCCAGUAGCUCGAAUUAUAAUCCUACGGCGCCGGCGACAGAGGAGGCAGUGCGGAAUUUCUUCGUGGAUGUGUAUGAUGCGUGGGUCAAGACGAUUAUGAGCCCGUUCUACACGGUCAAUGAUAAGGUCACGAGCCCAGUCUUUCGGGGAAGAGUGGCGGGAGCGGCCAAGAAAUAUUUGUGAGGGGCCUCUCGUUGUGGGCAACUUGAAAAGCUAUAAUGUGGUUCCGAUGGUUGGGCGAAAGUCGGAAGCGAGCUGGAA